GGAUGAAGCAGCAGAGAUCAGAUUGUCUGUGCAGAAGCUCUGCAGCUCACAGAUCCAGACAUGACACCAACAAUCACUGCAGCAACGAGCAAUUCUCAGGAGCAUCUGACUCUGAGCCACAAGCUGAGAAAGCCUGUGGUGGAGAAGUUGCGCAGAGAGCGAAUCAACAGCAGCAUCGAGCAGCUCAAGUCUCUCCUGGGUCCAGAGUUCCUCAGACAGCAGCCAGACUCCAAGCUGGAGAAAGCAGACAUCCUGGAGAUGACAGUUUGCUUCCUGAGACGACUGCAGCAGCAGAAUCAAGCUGUGGACUCAGCAGCUGUCCAUCAGGGCUACUCCAGGUGUGUCCAAGAGGUGGCGCAAUUCCUGUCCGAGGCCGAGGUGCAGACACAUUCCCAGAGAAGACUGCUGAAGAACUUCCACAAGCUGCAGUCUUCCUCUGAGAAGAAGCUGACAGAGGCUGACUUCUCUCUUCUGAGCUCCACAGUCCACAGCAGCAGCAAACAGGAGAGCGCCCUCUGGAGGCCGUGGCACACACCUACAGCUUGAAGCUGGCAGCAGACAGUGACAUGACGUCAUUGAUUCUUUGACUUUGAACCAC